CGCAGAUGAGCACAGCGCGGGAUGGAAGUGGUUCUGCCAAGUGCGCCUCUUCCCAGCGUCGAUCAAGCUUUCUCCGUCGUUGCAUGAGCUGCAAACUGUGCUCUUGUCGAUGAUGUUCCUGUCCUGUAGCUCGAGAUCGGAGGAAUUAUGGAUAGUCAUCGGAAUCGGGCUCCGCAUGGCGACUGAAGUCGGCGCGAACCAGCGCCUUCGCGCUCGACACGACUCAUCUGUGGAGGGCUGAGUUGUAUAAGCGGACAUACUGGUGCAUGCUCUGCUCGGAUAUGAUAGUCAGCGUGCUUCUGGGGAGACGCAAAUCGUCUAACUCGGCCGACUUCGAGAUUGAUCCUAAACCGCUGGAGGGCGAGGCCCCGAUCCUAGUCAAAUAUGCAUUUUCGCUCGUGAAUCUAAUGCAAAUAUUGCAGAGAAUGCAGGAUGAAAUUUUUCCUUUCAGCCGCAAAGAUUGCAAUCUCGAACAAACUGUCAUUGGAUUGGACUCAGCGCUCAACCAAUGGGUUGAUACUAUUCCAGAAGAGCGCCAACCAGCCAGAUCGCAUCCGAAUUAACCAAUCUGCGUGUCUUUAUGCGACGUACUAUCAUGUCCAGAUCUUGCUGCAUCGGCAUUUCAUUGCUACUCCAGGAAGGAAGCGAAUUCUCCUGCCACUAGCCUUCCUUCUCUUGCCAUCUGUGCUAGUGCCACUCGCUCGUGCUGUCAUGUGACGGCUGUACAGAUCAAGCGCUCCAUUGGGCCGCUGCACAACCCGCAACUCCUGAAUGCGGUCUUUGAUGCAGCCACCGUUCUCAUAUUCAGCGUGCACAAAAACGCGCGCUGUGCGGACUCGGAUCCAAGCAUUCCAUUCGGGAAUGCCAAGCCGUACUGGGCGCGUACGUAUCGCGACGACCACGCUCCCCUGUCCGACACAUCGCAUCGCAUGCUCACGGGGGUUAUCACUCAAGAUGGCAUUUUGCUGGCCGAAAUGCCGACAUCCUGGCGGGCAUCCUGGCCGUGCAUGCAAGGGCGUUGUCGGGCUCACCGGCGGUCUUCGAGCAGCGCGACCGCGACCUCCUGGAGUCGCGUCCGAUGUACAGCCGCGAGAUGGGCAGACUUCCGGUCUACGAGCCCUUUGAUCAGGAGUUUCUCCUGCUGCUUGAACAGAAUUUGAGCCAGAAACAGUCGAGUUCAGACUCGCAUGGGUUGGAUAGUAGUAGUUCAGAAUGGACUGAGAGUUGACGCCGCCUUUCACAACGUGGACAUCUGGAAUAUGCAGGAGACUCAUUCUAUUAAGGCCUCUGUG